UCAGGUCAGUCUUCAGUGUUUGGAGAGUUUUCUCUGCACGUUUCACUGUGUGCGACAACUCGGUGACCCGAGAGCAAAGGAUGCGCUCAAAUUCUGCUCGGACAUGAGUGGGGCCAGUAACACCCUGGCACGGGAGUUCCUGACGGAUGUGCACCAGUUGUGUAGUGCGGUGGCCCAGCGGGCCGAGGACGAGGAGGAGAGUCACAUGGUGGCGCUGGGAGAGUAUCUGGUGCGGGGACGCGGGUUCCUGCUCCUCAGCACCCUGGACUCUGUCAUUGACCAGGAGUUGACCUGUCGGGAAGAGCUACUUACACUUUUGUUGUCUCUGCUACCUCUGGUCUGGAAGAUUCCUGUUCAGGAGGAAAAAGCCCCAGAUUUCACCCUGCAUUCACUACUAGAGGUAUUUCUAUGCCAAGAGGGAAGGACCAUCCCUCAAAAGGCGGGGCAAGAUAGAUGUGAUGUGCAGAACUCUGGGAAGCGUUUAUCUGGCUCCUGGAAGUCACGUCGUUCACGAAGGACAGCUCAGCGAUACUCUGUGAGGGAUGCACGCAAAUCUCAGCUUUCCACAUCAGAUUCUGAAGCCAACUCGGAUGAUAAGACCACAAAUACUGGGAGCAAACAUCGCCGAUUUCACAGUUCGGCCAUUCGUGUUAGUUGCCAGCUCCAUCAGUCCAACAAUCCAUCACAGCCAGCAUCGCAACAUCCCACUCUCGAUGCCAUGGGCACCAUUGAGCCUUCCCAACCUCACAUGAGACUGUUUGGAUCUCACACUCUAGAUCCUAACAUGCUAACAGACCCCACUACUCUCUCCAUCUUCAACCGCAUGGAGAACUCGCCUUUUGACCUUUGCUAUGUUCUACUUUCUCUUCUUGAAAAGGUCUGCAAAUUCGACAUGACCAUCAAUCAUAACCCAGGCUUGGCGGUCAGCGUUGUUCCCACGCUCACAGAGAUACUCACAGAGUUUGGUGACUGCUGUGGUCCCAGUGGUGGUGGUGGUGGAGGUGGGAUCGAUGAACUAGCUGGAGGCUGGACUGAGGAGCCAAUUGCACUUGUUCAAAGGAUGCUUUUACGCACCAUUCUGCACUUGAUGUUUGUAGAUGUGGGUCAAAAUGAGACACUGCCUGAUAAUCUGCGUCGAAGCUUGACUGACCUCCUCAGAGCAACUUUAAAGAUUCGUACCUGUUUAGAAAGGCAAGCUGACCCUUUUGCUCCAAGGCCAAAGAAGACUCUGCAGGAGAUACAAGAAGAUUUUUCCUUUUCAAGGUACCGUCACCGGGCCUUGCUACUGCCUGAACUCUUGGAGGGUGUCCUGCAGCUACUACUAGGUUGCUUACAGGCCUCUGCUCCCAACCCUUUCUUUUUCAGUCAGUCUCUUGAGUUAGUUCAUGAAUUUGUCCAACACCGUGGCUUGGAGCUCUUUGAGGCAACAGCUCUGCGCCUUGAGGCCUUAGCAGAAGCUCGAGAUUCAGAAGUCGGCAAUGAGGCAUCAGAGCAUCUGCGUUGUCUAAUAGCUGAUGUACUUAAGAUAAUCAGUGCUGUCAAGAGGGCCAAGUCAGAGCAGCUACACCAGUCUGUUUGUGCACGUCGUCGACACCGUCGCUGCGAAUACUCCCACUUUUUGCACCAUCACCGUGACCUCUCAGGACUACCGGUAUCCGCUUUCAAGCAAGCAGCCCGAUGUAAUCCUUUUGAGGAGAUCUCAGAGGGUCAUGACGGAGAAGUGCGGUACCCCGAACGCUGUUGUUGCCUUGCAGCUUGUGCCCACCAAUGCUUGCGUCUUUUCCAGCGCUUGUCACCAUCAGGUCCUGCUGUGCUGCAGGUACUGGCUGGAGUGCAAGCUGCUGGCAUCUGUUGCUGCAUGGACCCGAGGUCUGUAAUUGUACCAAUGCUCCAGGCAUUUCAGGCUCCAGGACUUCGGAGCUACCAGUCCCAUGUGUUGAGUGUCCUUAGUAGACUAGUCUUAGAACAGCUUGGAGGUGGUCAACCUUCCGAAAAGGCCAAGCUUGCCUCCUGCAACAUUUGCACUUUGGAUAGUAGCCAGUUACCUGGCCUUGAAGAGACUCUGCAGGGCUAUGGACCUAAGAAAGAAUCAAACAUAUCCAUGUCCCCAUCUCCCUCUUAUCGUUCCCAAGGUAUCCUGCCCAGUGGAGGAGCUGAAGACAUGCUAUGGAAGUGGGAUGCUUUAGAGGCCUAUCAAGAAAUUGUGUUUGGGGAAGACUGGCAUUUGAGUCAACAAAUUGCCAGUCAUGUAUGCCAGUUGACUUUACGAGGCAAUGCAGUAGUGCAAUGGCAACUCUACACUCAUAUUUUUAAUCCAGUGCUUCAGCGGGGUGUGGAACUAACCCAUCAUGCCCAGCAACUUGGUGUGUCAACUACGUGUAGCCAAGUCUGCAGUUACCAUACCCAUUGCCUCCCGGUUGAGGUACUACUGGUUUAUCUUCAAGCUCUGCCUGCUUUGCUGAAGUCAAGCCGGGUGGUACGGGACCUGUUCCUGAGUUGUAAUGGACUGAACCAAAUCACAGAGUUGAUCUACUUGGACUGCACUCGUCCGUGGGCACUGAAAGCGUUCGAGACACUUAUCUUGAAUGCGUGGCACCAUCACACGGAAUCUGCUGUGCAUGAGCUAGAAAGAGCGGAAGCUCAGGAGAGGGAAGCUGUUCUUGGGCUUGUAGAGGAACUGAAUUCACGUGGGGCUGGUGAUGGACCUCAGAGCCUCACUAAGUUUUAUGAAGGCCUGAAAGAGGCAUGCCCUCACCCAAAGGGCAAAAGUGCAUUCUCUGCAGUAGCGCGUAACCGAGGUGAGGUGCAUUUGAAUACGAUCAACCUUUUUCUGUGUGUAGCCUUCUUAUGUGUAAGCAAGGAGGCAGACUCUGACAGAGACUCUGCAAAUGACUCUGAAGACACCUCAGGCUAUGAUAGUACAGCUAGUGAACCAUUGGGUGGACGACUGCCCUGCCUUUCCCCAGACAGUGUUGCUCUUCCCUCUAAAGAACAGAUAAGGAGGGCUGCCGAUGUUUGGUCAGUAUGCCGUUGGGUGUACAUGGCCAGUCCAGUAUUCCAAAGGCAGUUCUUCAGACUGGGAGGUCUAGAUGUCUGUUCGCGUCUAAUGACAAUGGUGAUCCAGAAACUCACGUCUAAAAACAAAGACUGUAAAUUUAAGAAAAAGAAAGAGAGUAAGGGCAAAAGCAGUCCAUCUCAUGUAGACUCUCCCACUCAAGUUCUUGCAGGACAGUUUGAUAAUAUAGCGACAGCCGCUGGUACAGAGAAAUCCCACCAGCACGACACUUUCAGCCCCUCUCAGGUCGAGAGCAAGUCAAGUGACCCAACACACAGGCUUGAAGAGGAAUGGCCUCUCCAGAGCAUCCGACUGCUGGAGGCACUUUUGGCAAUCUGCCUCCACAGUGCCAAUUCAGCCCUACAGAGACUUGAACCAGACCUAUCCUUUCAGCUGCAGUCUGUGGAGGAAACGCUGUGUGAGGUCCGGGAUCAACUCUCUCGAUCUGGAGUUGUGAAUUCUGAACUAGCAGUUCCUCUGUUUGAUUCCUUACUCCGUGUGGCACUGGCUGAGAUGUUCUGCAGUCCAGAUGUCAUCGAGGAGAAACCUGACAAGAAGUCUCAGGUCAGCAGUGAGGUGGCACCUCCAGCAGGUGAUCUGUCAGAGGAGGUGGAUGAAGCUCAGGUGAGUGGCGCUCCACCCUUGGGAGAAGAGGAAGGCUAUGAGGCAGACAGUGAAAGUAACCCUGAGGACUCCACCCGUCAGGAGGAAGGGAUAAAGGUGGAGGCUGGAGUCUCAUCGGGGGAAUGUACGUUAGGAAUGGCAGGAGUGCCUCAGGGCUCCGGCCACGGCCGUCUGCUGUUCCCGGAGAUCUGCUUGAUGGAGCUACAGCUGUUAGCCAGUGGCUCUCCAGACCUGGAGGUUUUGGGCCAUGUUUUGCAGAGCCUGUUAGGAGCCGUGAAAGGCCACCACAACAACGCAGCAUUGCUCUACCAGCAGGGUGGUGUGAAAGCUAUUCUCACUGGAUUUCAGAACAUUCUCAGCCAAUCAGAUGCCUCCUAUAAAGGUGUAUAUUAUUUAUACUUAAAUUAUUCUGUCUUCUGUCUUCCUGUGACAGGGAUAAAGGUGGAGGCUGGAGUCUCAUCGGGGGAAUGUACGUUAGGAAUGGCAGGAGUGCCUCAGGGCUCCGGCCACGGCCGUCUGCUGUUCCCGGAGAUCUGCUUGAUGGAGCUACAGCUGUUAGCCAGUGGCUCUCCAGACCUGGAGGUUUUGGGCCAUGUUUUGCAGAGCCUGUUAGGAGCCGUGAAAGGCCACCACAACAACGCAGCAUUGCUCUACCAGCAGGGUGGUGUGAAAGCUAUUCUCACUGGAUUUCAGAACAUUCUCAGCCAAUCAGAUGCCUCCUAUAAAGAGUGCCAGACAAUACUGAUGGAGCUGCUUGUUGCCAUGGUGAGUGACAGGAUGACAUCGGAGGAACUCGCCCUGUUGACACGCCUCUUCCUGGAAAAGACUCCGCCCACUGAGAUCUUGCUGAGAGGCUUGCUUCAGAUUGUGGAGGCUAAUGCAGACACAGAGCCACUCUACUUCAUGUCCUUUCCCAUGAUCCCUGGCGCAGGGGUCCCUGGCUUGAGCUCCUCCCCUGGGAUGAGGCCUCAUGGGACAGCUGGUGGUAAGGGUGGAGUAAACACUCUUUUGAGGGGUAAAUUACCCCUGGGCCGUGGUGAAGCAGACCUGAGCAGGCCCGGUCAUCUGCGCAGCUCUCCCUGGCAUACGGCACCCUUCCACCUGCCUCUGGUGGGACAGAACUGCUGGCCUCACAUGGCGAGUGGCUUCAGUGCCUCACUGUGGGUACGAGCGGGGAAGGAUGAGGACAGGCGUUACAAGAAGGAAGAGGAGGCCCUGCAUGGUCCCGCUCAUGUCCCGGAGCAGCAGACAGAGAGAUGCCUCCUCCAUGUUCUCUCCAUGGGCUCUAAGGCACUGAUGCUUCAGGUGUGGGUGAACAUCUCCACCGGAGCCUUUACCUUCAGGAUCUGCAUCGAUCCAAACGACGAGAUGAAGGCGGGUUUGCUGGCCCAGGCUGAGUCUGGAGAUGGUGUGCUGACAGCAGGCAGGUGGCAGCACUUGGCUCUCACGUACUCACAGCAGCCCGAGGGCAAGAAGAACAUCCACGGUCAGCUGACCCUCUGGGUGGGCGGCAUUAGGAAGUGUGACGUCUCGCUAGACUUUACUCUGCUCAGGAAGUCCAGUUUGUCAUCGGACAGUAAUAAGACCUACUGUAUGCUUGGACACUAUCAGCACCCCUCAGAGGAGCAGGCCAGCCCAAGUGCACGCUGGGAUAUGGGCACGCUGCUGCUCUUUAAUGGCUCCAGAAUUGACACAGCGGAGGCGUUUUACCUGUAUGCCAGCGGUCCUGACCUCACCUCCAUCAUGCCCUGCAAGUACGGCAAGCCUCACGGGACACUGUCCAAGUACGUGACACAGGAGGGUCUUCAGUGUGAGCAGAUACGAGAGCUCCUCAUGAGGAAUACAGACGUCGACAUCGCACCUCUUAUUGAGAGUUUAGCAGUAGUUUAUGCCCCCAGCACGCCGUCUCUCUACACCAUAUAUGAACCGGUGAUCCGUCUGAAGGGCCAGGCCAAGUCAGCGGUGGCUUCCCAGCGGCCCUUCAGUGCCAAAGAGGUCCAGAGCUCCAUCUUGGAGCCUCCUUUCCUCAGGACCAUGAUGCCCUGCCAGGCUCUCGGCCUACACAGCGUCCUGCACAAGAUCGGAGGCACCGGUGCUUUUGUCUUCUUGUUCGCGCGGGCGGUGGAGUUGAGCGACUGUGAGAAAACUCAAGCUCUGGCGCUGCAGCUGCUGCUGUCUCUGGUUAAGAACAACCAGCAUCGCACUCAUGAGAUGGAGUGUUACCACGGCUAUUCCAUGAUUCACCAGGUUCUCAUCAAGCCCAAGUGCAUUGUGGGAUACCACAUUCUGAAGACGCUGUUGGACGGCUGCUGCAGCAGGUCAAUCCUGACGAUCGGAGAAGACGGACAGUUUCAUCUGGAUGCUGAAUCCACUGUGGUGCUGCAAGAUCUCAGACUGCUGUCUGAAAUACUGCUGGACUGGAAGAUAUGGGCCAAAGCGCAGUGUGGUGUGUGGGAGACGCUGCUGACUGCUUUAGAGAUCCUCAUCCGGGUGCAUCAUCCUCAGCAGAUGUUCAACAUUCGACAGCUCCUCAAGGCCCAGGUGGUUCAUCGCUUCCUGCUCGCCUGCCAGGUGCUUCAGGAGCAUCGAGAUGAGUACCUGACAUCCAUCCCGCAGGAGGUCUGCCUCUCGUUUGUCAAAAUCAUCCAGGAGGUUUUGGGGUCUCCUCCGGACCUAGACCUGCUGCGGCUGGUCUAUAAUUUCCUCUUGGCCGUUCACCCCCCCACCAACACUUACGUGUGCCACACGCCCACCAGCUUCUACUUCUCUCUGCACAUCGAUGGUAAGCUGUACCAGGAGAAGGUUCAGUCCAUGAUGUACCUGCGGCACUCCAGCAGUGGAGGGAAAUCAGCCUGCAGCUCUGUGCUUUCACUCUCUCCCUCCGUCUUCACAGAGACGCCCGCCGAAGUGCGCCACACUUCCUCCCCUGAGCAUGGUGAUGAAGAUCUGUCACUGCGGCCCCCAAGCAUUGGCCCGUCUCCGCACUCUUCUCCGGCCCUGACACCCCGUCUGACCCAUGGGAGUGUGAUGGGGACCACUGAGCCUGAGGGGACAUCCCUGAGUACCCAGCAUGCCCUGGGCAGCACGGUGACCCUGAAGCGGGCCGGAGACGAGCAGCUCCUCAGCAGCUGUGAGUCGGCAAAGACAAUAUGCGACUCUCAGAACGUGGGUGGUGAUGAGGAGAGCAGCGUCACGGGAAACCGAACGCCCUCCAUCAGCGUAGAGGAGGAGCAUGACGGCCCAGCAAGCAGCCCGGUGGACUCUGAGGACCAUUUCAAUUGGACCAGCGAGGAAGUGCCACGCCGACCGGACAGCCUGAAGGGAAUCCAGUCCUUCCAGAGGAGCCACAGUAACCUGGCCAGUCUGGGUUUGGCUUUUCCCGCACAGAACGGCUCUCUGACUAUCGCUCGCUGGCCCACCGUGGCUGACCGUGCCGCUCCACCGGACGACUGGGAAAGUUACACCUACUCACCCGGGUAUGACAGACACAGCAAGGCGGACUCCAGUAAUGACAGAUCCAGUGCUGAAGACUGUCUGGUUCUGAUCUGCUGCGGUCUGUACGAUCUGCUGAGAGGAGUUCUGCUCCUGCUGCCGGACCUCCUGCUGGAGGAGGUGAUGGACAAACUCGUCCAGCCGGAGGCUCUUCUCGUUCUGGUCAACCACUCUUCUCCUCUCAUACAGCAGGGCGUCAUGAAGCUCCUGGACGCCUACUUUAGCCGCACUCAGAAAGAGCAGAAGGAGAAGUUCCUGAAGAAUCAUGGGUUUUCACUGCUGGCCAAUCAGCUGUACCUGCACCAGGGUUCACAGGGUCUGCUGGAGUGUUUCCUGGAAAUGCUGUUCGGACGACCGGUUGGGAUCGAGGAAGAUCUGGAUCUGGAGGAUAUGGAGAGCAUCUCCCCGUUCAGGAAGCGCUGUAUCAUCCCUGUGCUAGGUCUGCUGGAGAACUCUCUGUACGAGAACUCACUCGUGCACAACGUCCUGUGUCUGCUGCUGCAGCUGCUCAACACCUGCCCAAAGCUGGCUGACAUCCUGCUGGACCACGGCUUGCUCUACGUGCUCUUCAACACGCUGUCCACCCUCAACGGCCUGGAGAAUGGGAUUCCUCCAAAUGACUACAAGCUGGUGGUGUGUGACAUUCAGCAGCUGCUGGUGGCCGUUACCAUCCACUCCUGCAGCUCCUCGGGAUCUCAGUACUUCCGCAUCAUUGAAGACCUGAUCACCCUGUUGGGCUACAUGCAGACCAGCAAAGUUCGGCACACACAGGAAAUGGCCACAGCACUGCAGUUCCGUGUGAUCCAGGCAGCCAUCGAUUUCAUUAAGACCACGGCCAAUCAGGACCCUCAGAAAUCCAGCAGCUACGUUCACGUGCCCACUUCACCGCAUCACGCUUUACAGCAGAAACGCAAGAGUAUCGCAGGUCGGAGGCGGUUCACGGUGGCCCAGUCAGACUCGCUGCUGACGCGAAUGCGCUCGGUGGCCAGCGAUGAGCUUAACCAGAUGAUGCAGCGCAGGAUGAGUCAAGAAAACCCCAUCAGAGCCAGCGAGACGGAGCUGGUCCAGAGACUGCAGAGACUCGUGGUUCUGGCUGUUAACAGACUCAUCUAUCAAGACAUCAGCCAGGAUUUCUUUGACUUCCUGAACUUUCCCGAGUCUCCUGAUCACUCGAUGUCCAUGCCGUUACCUGGCGAGCAGACGACCGAUGAGAAUGGCUCCACGCCGUCCACCCCGAUCCCACCGGGCAACAUGAAGAGCUUCCGCAAAGAUAUUCUCAAACUAAUGAUGGAGGGCAUAAAGAUAGGUUUGGGCAGCACCGGUCGUGGUGGUGCUCCUCGCCAGCAGUGGAAGCGAAUCCUCUGGUCCUGUCGCGACACGUUCAGGGUUCAGAUCGGUCGCAUGCUGGUGCACACGCUCAGCAAGAAAAAGAGAAAUAUUGGCAGCACCGGUCGUGGUGGUGCUCCUCGCCAGCAGUGGAAGCGAAUCCUCUGGUCCUGUCGCGACACGUUCAGGGUUCAGAUCGGUCGCAUCCUGGUGCACACGCUCAGUCCCGCAGUUCCUCUGGAGGACAGGAAGGAGGCGCUAGAGUUUGUCCACGAGCAGAGCUACUCCGAGAUCCUCAGAGAAAGCCUGAGUCCCGGCCUCGAGCACGGGCCCAAGCUGGCUCUCUAUCUGUACGAGCUGUUACACGAUCACAAAGACGCCCUGAGUAAAGAAGAGCAGGCAGCUGCCAACACCUUCAUGACGGCGCUGAAACUCUGCGGCCACCGCUGCAUCCCACCCAGCGCUCCCGUCAAACCAGACCUCCUCAAAGCCAUCAAAGAGGAGCAACUGAAAUACGAGUCAGAGGCAAGAACCAGCAAAGGAGCCUGGGAAAAGAAGCUGGCCAACACGCAGAGGAGCUUGUUGCAGAGGCUGGAUGGGAAGUCGAAGGACAUCUCGAAGAUCGCCGCUGACGUAACCCAGAACGUGUCUCUCGGGCAGGGCAUGGAGCGGAAGAAGGUCAUGCAGCACAUCAGAGGCCUUUACAAGACCGACUUGAGCGCCAGCCGCCACUGGCAGGAGCUCGUGCAGCAGCUCACUCACGACCGGGCGGUGUGGUAUGAUCAGUCAUCUUACCCCACUUCCUGGCAGCUGGAUCCCACCGAGGGGCCCAACCGAGAGCGGAGACGCCUGCAGCGCUGCUACCUGACCAUCCCUAACAAAUAUCUGCUGAAAGACCGACGCAAACUAGACGAUGCCAUCAAGGCUCCUCUGGCCUUCCUGUUUGAGGACAAAACUCACUCCUCUUCAUCGAUAGUGAAGGACAAAGCCACCAGUGAGCCCAUCAGGUUUACGAGAAAGUGUGUAAGUGUGGCGCCCUCUAGAGAGACGGCAGGAGAGCUGUUGCUGGGAAAAUCUGGGAUGUACUUUGUCGAGGAUAAUGUUGCUGAGACACUUGAUAACCAAAGUCCUCAUGGAGAGACGGAACCGGCCUCCUUCUCCUGGACGUAUGAGGAGAUAAAGGAGGUUCACAAGCGCUGGUGGCAGCUCAGAGACAAUGCUAUGGAGAUCUUCCUCACCAAUGGCAGGACGCUGCUGCUCGCGUUUGAUACCACCAAGUACCGUGACGACGUCUACCACAACAUCCUGAGCUCAGAGCUGCCCAACCUGCUGGAGUACGGGAACAUCUCUGCCCUCACGCACCUGUGGAGCUCAGGACAGAUAACCAACUUCGAGUACCUCACCCACCUCAACAAGCACGCGGGCCGCUCCUUCAAUGACCUCAUGCAGUAUCCCGUCUUCCCCUUCAUCCUGCGAGACUAUACCAGUGAGACGCUGGACCUGCAGGACACCUCCAUUUACAGGAACCUCAGCAAACCCAUCGCGGUGCAGUCUAAAGAGAAGGAAGACCGUUAUGUGGACAAUUACAGGUACCUGGAGGAGGAGUAUAAGAAAGGCAAGAGAGAGGACGACCCCAUGCCCCCCGUCCAGCCCUAUCACUACGGCUCUCACUACUCCAACAGCGGCACCGUCCUGCACUUCCUCGUCCGGCUGCCUCCCUUCACCAAGAUGUUUCUGGCCUAUCAAGACCAAAGCUUUGAUAUUCCUGACCGAACGUUCCACUCCAUGAACACCACGUGGCGUCUGUCAUCAUACGAGUCCAUGACGGAUGUCAAAGAGCUCAUCCCAGAGUUCUUCUACCUGCCCGAGUUUCUGGUCAACAGAGAAGGUGGCGCUCUUACUUAUUUUGGCAUGGAUGUAUCUGCUGUUGAAGACCCCGUGCAGCGUCGGGCUCUAGAAACUAUGAUCAAGACGUACGGCCAAACACCCAGACAGCUGUUCAACGCCUCGCACAUCAGCCGAGCCGGAACCAAACUCCUAUCAGAGGCAGAACUGCCUGCAGCCAUGGGCCUCCUGGUACAGCUGGCCUUCAGAGAGAGCCGCGAGCACCCCAAAGAAACCGUCUACCCGAGUCCUCUGCCGUGGAUAAAGGGCUUGAAAUGGGGCGAGUAUGUGGGAUCCCCCAGUGCUCCGGACCCCGUGGUCUGUUUCAGUCAACCUCACGGCGAACACUUCGGCUCCCUGCUGGCGCUGCCCACGCGUGCCAUCUGCGGCCUCUCGCGCAAGUUCUGCCUCAUGAUGAUCUACAGCAAAGAGCAAGGUGUAAGGAGCAUGCACAGCACCGACAUACAGUGGUCGGCUAUUCUGAGCUGGGGUUACACCGACAACAUGCUGCGUCUGAAGAGCAAACAGAGCGAGCCGCCCAUCAACUUCAUCCAGUGCUCACCGCUGCACCAGGUGACUAGUUGUGCUUGGGUGCCGGACAGUUGUCAGCUGUUUACAGGCAGUAAGUGUGGAGUCAUAACCGCCUACAGCAACCGCUUCACCACCACGAUGCCGACAGAGAUGGAGGUGGAGACGCAGCUUCACCUGUACGGUCACACGGCAGAGGUCACAGGCCUGUUCGUCUGUAAACCCUUCAGCAUCCUCAUCAGUGUCAGUCGAGAUGGGACCUGCAUCCUGUGGGACCUCAACAGGUUGUGUUACGUACAGAGUCUCACAGGUCAUAAGAGUCCAGUGAACGCAGUGUCAGCCAGUGAGACGACAGGAGACAUCGCCACAGUGUGUGAUUCAGUGGGUGGAGGAAGUGAUCUGAGGCUGUGGACGAUCAACGGAGAUUUGAUUGGUCACGUUCACUGUCGAGAGAUCAUCUGUUCGGUGGCGUUCUCCAAUCAGCCGGAGGGAGUGUCGGUCAACGUGAUCGCUGGCGGACUGGAGAACGGUGUGGUCAGGUUGUGGAGCACAUGGGACCUGAAGCCAGUCAGAGAGAUCACCUUCCCAAAAUCCAACAGGCCUAUCAUAAGUCUCACGUUCUCGUGUGACGGUCAUCACCUCUACACGGCUAACAGCGAGGGCACGGUGAUCGCGUGGUGCCGUCGAGACCAGCAGCGCUUGAAGCUGCCCAUGUUUUACUCGUUCCUCAGCAGCUACGCUGCAGGCUGACCCUGCGUCAUGCCGGCUCGUUACCCACACAGGACGGACGCUGAGAGCAACCCCGCCGACCCAGGAAGAGGAGGAGCCAGCAUGCACAAAGCCCCGCCCACAAUCAUCACAGAACCCGCCCCCUGAAACACCAUAGGAACGGAUGCCACUUGUACCAUAAAGAGCAGGGGCUUGUGAGGCAGCGCAAACGCAGGCCUUUCCCCGCAUCAUUUCUUCUCGUCUGUUUUGACUGAUUCAUCUAGUAUUUGUGUUGUUUGAUUAUGAAAGCUGCUACAAUCUGGUCUGCCCAGACUGAAUGUUUGAAGGCCUUUCCUUCUUUUUGUCCCUCGUCUCGCCCACCCGUCACCAUCCUGAGAAUAUCCUGCUUUCGAAGCCAAACCAGACUGCAGUCAUCUGAACACUACCGACCGUCUGCGCUCCUGCAGAAACGGCAUUCAUGAUCCACGCGGCAGGUUUUAAACGGACGAUUAAAAACUGGUGCAUGAGUGACAUGCAGCGGCGUAAUGAAUGUGUGCACGCAAUGCCUUCUUAAACAUCAUCCCUCAUCGACAGACCGCUGAAAUAUUUAUUCUCAAACAAGGAUGAAAGCCACAAUCUCAACGUCUGGUUCUUGUUCUUCAUUCUAAAAUGCGCUCGGGACAAUCUUAUGAAUGUCAAAGGUGGUCGUGUGUCACUCGUCAAUCGCCGACUGUGCUAAUAUUUAUCCUGUGCUUUUCCACCUGAACAAACGUCCCAGUUACCACAUCCGAUUUGUAAUAGUUCAUUAAAAACAUGUUCUGCUUGCUUAUUUUCUGUUCUAGUUUUAUAUGUUGCAUGUUAUGAUCACUUGAACAUUAUUUAACAUUGGCGAUACGAUAUAAGGUUUAGUCAGAUCUACCUCUAGGCCCCUCUUACAAAUAAAAGACAAAUAAAAUUAGAAAUACUUCUGGUAACAAUAAAAACAACCUGUUUAUUGUACAAAGACGACGACACUAUAUCCCUAAAGAAAUACAAUUCCCUGACAGUACAAAGGGUUUGGAUGCUCUUGAAGUCUUAAGUGUUGACAGCCUUAAAUGUGGAGGAAGAAUAAUUGAAUUUGAGUCCACCAUCUAAACGUGAUCCAGAAUGUUGUUUGCCUUUGUUUGUUUCCUAUUCUGUAUUUGCUUUUAGCACGAGUCUUACAUUACAACUAAUUUAAUUAUCUUGUCUUACAUUUUAGUGUUUACCAGAAAGGGAAUGCUUUCACCUUUUCCCCCAUUACUACUUUGUUUUUCAUUAUUAUCAGAAAUAUCUACCAUAUGUAUCAUUUCAACCCUCAAAUGAAGUUACUCAGUCAGUGUAAACCCAGAAAGAGUCGACUAGUUCGAGAGAAUCAUCUGGUGUUUACAGAGCCCUGUUAUGUGUUCGUUUUUUGUGUUUGAAUCUAUUUUCCAUGCUUGCAUCACAUUUAUCUCUUAAUUAUCGUGCACAGUAUUGUCAUGUUUGCUUUCCCUCAGAAAGAGAUUGAUGUUACUGUCAUCGUGUGAGUUUGUGAAGCGAGAUGAAUGUGUGAAUUUGUUCGACAUAACUAUCACGAAAAGGCUUAUUGUUAUCGUUCUGUUGAAUUAACAGUGGUUUGUGUAAUUUAAGAUUGAUGUGUUCACCGAGGCCUGGCUGGGACAUUUAUUUCCUUUUUUUUUUUUUGUAUUUAUGAAAUGUAAUAAAAUGUCACCUAUAUAUAAUAUAAAUAUUCAAGAAAUUUUGAUUCAGUUUGUUGCAC